AAUUUUGUAUAGAGUGGCCGAGUGAGUUAGCUGUGAAGUCGCCUAAAGUAGUGUUGACCAAACGAAAGUUUUAAAGAAAGAAAAAGUAUAUAAAAACGUAUCGAAAUUUGCAAAACGAAAAUAGAGUGUGUUGUAUCAGCGCGAAAAUAUAUAUAUAUAUAAAUAAAAAUUUAAAUUAAAUCAAAAUGCAGUCAACAAUUCUAGCUAGCGUUAUGGUGCUAUUCUUGGCCGUACAGCAAGGUGCUGCUAUCAAAUGUUACGUAUGCAAUAGCCAUAAGGAUGCAAAUUGUGCACUGGACAUACCACCAGAUCAUUUGCUCAAGGACUGCCAGGAGGAUUACUCAACACGCGGCAGAGGCAUACCGACUUACUGCCGCAAGAUCUCGCAAAUCAUUGAAUUCUCUGUAAAUAAUCUGCCACCGGACAGCCGUAUUAUACGUUCAUGCGGCUUUCUCAAUCAGACAUCGACUAAUUACUGCUACCAGCGCGCCGGUUUCGGUGGCCGUCAAAUAGUUUGCUCUUGUGACAAGGAUAAUUGCAAUGGCGCUGGUGCGCUCAGCGUGUCUAUUGGAGCGUUGUUAACUGCUGGCGCUGCUAGCGUUUGGGGUGUGAUUUCCCUGCUAAGACGUUCAUUGGUUUAAUUGCCCACACUUAUUUUGAGAAACAUUUUACAGAACCUCACAAAAUACAUAAUAGUUUGGCUUUGUUUUCAAUUUUGUACAUUUUCCUAUAGCAGAAAAUAUUAUGCUAAAUCGUUGUUGUUGGUUUUUUCUUUUUGUUGUUGUUGUAAAUGCACACUCGUGUAAAAAUUGCAAGUGCAAACGAAUAAGUACUUGAUUUGCUACCGCUGCAUAAUUCCUCCAGAAAGAUUUAAAUAUGCGAGACCUAUUAAGUUUAUAUGCAUUGUUUUUUUUCAUAUGUAUGAAUAUUUUUUCAAUAUUGCUUCAUUUUUUUAAGCAAACACACGGCGAUGUAGUAGAUUUUUAAAUCUUUUAUUUUAUCACAAAUAAAUUACUUUCAAACACAUACGCACAUAAACACAGUUGAAGCUAAACACGAAGCAGGAGCUGGCGUCAUAUAGAAUUUAGUCAAACAAAAACCUCAUCUGAUGAAGUUGGUUUAAAAUUAAAACGCCCAGUUUCAUCGAUGGAUAUAUAAAAUUUAAGAAGACUCCUAGGAAAUAAACAACAUAACAAUAAUUGUUAAAAAUAACGUGAAAAAGUUUAAAUAAUAAAAUUCAGUAGCAGUUCAGAUUUUGCACAGUUAGUAAAAAUGGAAAUUAAAGAAAAAAAUGCAAAUUUUUGCAUAAAAAGCUUUAAUGUAGCAAAUUUUAUUUAUACACAUUUUUGUAAAACAACAAAUUACCCAACUAACACAAUACACCUGACCAGCGCAAAGCUUGUUUCCAAUGCUAACGGCUUGAGGUUAUAAAAUUCGAAUCAACUUAUAACUUUUUACUGCAACUUACCCACUAUAUUUUAGUUUAUUUUAAUAUAUUUUUCUUUUGAAAUACAAAUUUCGCUAAUAUAACAUGUAAAGACACAUAGGUAUAAACAUGUGUACACUAGGACAGACAUAAAUAGAAGAUGAAAACUUUUAACAAGCCCACUUUAAAUGACCACAUACAAAAAAAAAUAUAUAACCAACUGUAAAUCCACCAAAGCCGUAUUGUAUUAUUGUAGAAAAAUUUUGAAAAAAUUUAAAACUGCAAACUUUUGCGAAUAAUUGUUAGAAACUUAUAACAACCGACGAGCAGAGUGCAUUUGGUGCCAAGUGAUGACUUUUUCUAUAAAGUCGUACAUGUAACUAAUAUUAAACUCACUUGAAUUGUAAUAAUUUUUUUUCGUUUUUGCUUUAUGAAAGAAGCAAAAGCAAACAGCUGAAACCAAAAAUUAGUUAUAGUUUGCUACACAAGAAAGUCGCUGAAAUGGAGGCAUUUCAGUUUAAAUUGAAAAUGUUUCACAUUUGAUUUUCACGUGUGAUCUUUCUUAAUAUUAAGCGAUUAUAAAAGUAAUUAAAACUAUAAAAAAUUGAAUUGAAAUAUAAAAUAAAUCAAAAAUGAAUAAAGAAAAAAAUGUGUUUUAUAUUAUUUGGUAGUAGGGUGAGAGAGAAGGCAUAAUAUAGUACAUUAUUCACUAGUUAAAAUUAUAUCACUAUUACAACCGAAAAUUUGUUCCAUUUAAGAAAUUUUAAAUUGAAGUGGAAAUAAAAUAAAUUAUGCU